GCUCAUUCCUCUAAUCCCAGCACUUCGGGAGGUCAGGCAGGCGGAUCUCUGGAGCCCAGGAGUUUGAGACCAGCCUGGGCAGCAUAGCAAAAUCCUGUCUCUACAAAAAAAAAAAAGAAAGAAAAGAAAGAAAGAAAUUAGCCCGGUGUGGCGGUGCGUACUUGUAGUCUCAGCUACUCAGGAGGCUGAGGUGGGAGAAUCACUUGAGUCUGGGAGGUGAGGUUGCAGUGAGCUGAGAUCGUGCCACGUACUCCAGCAUGGGUGACAGAGCCAGACCCCAUUUCAAAAAAAAAGAAAUAAAAUAAACUGUGUAAAGAGACUGGCAUACACAAAGUGCUUGAGAAGUAAUAGCUAUUGGAGUGAAUUUUAAUACUCAUGUCAAAGAGCCCUGGUGAACACUCUGGGCUCCUGUCCGCCUCCUGCAAAACAAGGAUUAAGCAGAUCCCCUCUGCCUCUUCUGCACUAGGAUCCUAGGAACUAGAAAUGGUGGUUGUUUUAGGUGCGUGUGCAGCACCACCUUGUGGAAGGGAGGAAAAUUGACAAAAAUGUCAGUUUCCUAUGAGGACGAUGUACUGGAAGCCACAGUUUGUAAAAUAUGAGCACAUCUACCAAAAAUGCCCUAAUACAAGGUGAUCCCCAAUUCCAAUCAGUUUUCCCAGUGGAUUAAUAACAAACAUUUGCCAGUAAGAAAAUAAAAAAAUGUGUUUCAGAAUCACACAGACCAAUGGGGAAAAACAUAAAAAUAAAUAAAUGAAAAAUAAAUAAAAAAUAUAUUGACGUAGCCCUGAUUAAGCUUAUAGGAAAUGAAAUAUGCACUUCCAAUAUUUAGUUAAUUUGUUUAGACACAACUAUACAUUUAUAUAUGUUAUGGGGUACUAGAUGUUAAGUAUUACUCUUUUCCACUUUCAGUUUUCAAAAAGGUUUUUUAACUCAAACUCUUCACAGGCAUCUCUGGACACUGCUUUUCCCCUCUCCAAGGCAACUGUUGAAUCUUCUUCUUUUUUUUUGAGACAGAGUCUCACUCUGUCUCCAGGCACCAGGCUGGAGUGCAGUGGCCCAAUCUCGGCUCACUGCAACCUCUGCCUCCCAGGUUCAAGCAGUUCUCCUGCCUCAGCCUCCUGAGUAGCUGCGACUACAGGCACGCACUACCAUGCCCAGCUAAUUUUUGUAUUUUUAGUAGAGAUGGGGUUUCACCAUGUUGGCCACGAUGGUCUCGAUCUCUUGACCUUGUGAUCCACCCACCUCGGCCUCCCAAAGGGCUGGGAUUACAGGUGUGAGCCACCGUGCCCGGCCUGAAUCUUCUAAGCCAGUUUUUCCGGACUCAGUAUCUUUUACUCCAUCAAGCAGAAUGAGAGACAGGGUGUCUUGAAUCCGGACAUUUUUAUUUUAAUUUUUUUUUAGACAGGGUCUCACUCUGUUGCCCAGGCUGGAGUGCAGUGGUUCGAUCACAACUCACUGCAGUCUUGACUUCCCAGGCUCAGGUGAUCCUCCCACCUCAGCCUCUCAAGUAGCUGGGACUACAGAUGCAUGCUACCGUGCCUGGCUAAUUUUUCUGAAUAUUUUCUACAGAUGGAGUUUUAGGGCCUGGUGCAGUGGCUCACGCCGUAAUCCCAGAACUUUGGGAGGCUGAGGUGGGCAGUUCAAGAGGUCAGGAGUUCAAGACCAGCCUGGCCAACAUGGUGAAACCCUGUCUCUACUAAAAAUACAAAAAUUAGCUGGGCACAGUGGCACACACCUGUAAUCCCAGCUACUUGGAAGGCUGAGGCAGGAGAAUCGCUUGAAUCCCAGAGGUGGAGGUUGCAGUGAGCUGAGCUGGUGCCACCGCAAUCUAACCUGAGCAACAGGGUGAGACUCUGUUUUAAAAAAAAAAAAAUUAGGCCGGGCAUGGUGGCUCACACCUGUAAUCCAAGCACUUUGGAGGCCAAGGUGGCCGGAUCACCUGAGUUCAGAAGUUCAAGACCAGCCUGAACAACACGGUGAAACCCCAUCUUUAAAAAAAAAAAUUAGCCGGGCAUGGUGGCGGACACCUGGAAUCCAAACUACUCGGGAGGCUGAGGCAGGAGAAUCGCUUGAAACCAGAAGGCAGUAUCCAGCCUGGGCGAAAGAGCGAAACUCCGUCUCAAAAAAGGAACGGAGUUUUACUAUGUUGCCCAGGCUGAAAAUCAGGACAUUCUUAACAAACUUCAGUGACAUAGUCACGUGUUGUUAAGGCAUUUUUAAAAUGAAUCCUAUAGAUGCAUACUUAUGGCUCCACAGUACCAAGGUAAAGGUGGGAUUUCUUUCCUUUUGUUUUGUUCAUUUGUUUGAGACGAGUCUGGCUGGAGCGCAGUGGCACCAUCUUUGCUCACUACAACCUCCGCCUCUGGGUUCCAGUGAUUCUCCCGCCUCAGCCUCCCGAGUAGCUGGGAUUACAGGUCCCCGUCGCCACGCCCAGCUAAUUUUAUUUUGUAUUGUUAGUAAAGACGGGAUUUCACCAUGUUAACCAGACUGGUCUCAAACUCCUGGCCUCAAGUGAUCCUCCUGCCUCAGCCUCCCAAAGUGCUGGGAUUACAGGGUGAGCCACCACACCUGGCCGCUGGUUGGGAUCUUUAAAGGCCCAGGUGUCUACCACAAACUGGCCGUUGCUGUUCAAAACGAAGUUCUUGAGAGAACAGCGCCCCCUAAAGGCCAUUAUUUUAAAGACGACCUCCCUCCUGUGGAUUAUUGGUGGGGGAUAGGGGAGACCUGGACACACCGAACAAAACAAGCAGUAAAGGGGUAUGCCUUCGCUUUUAGAAAAUAAAGUCAAUCCUAAACCCCAGGACUCCUCAGGCUCAGCCCAAGCCCCAUCCCCUCACCCCUGACCUGGGGCAGACGCUCCUAGUUCCCAUAGGGAGACAAGUCUCCUUCUCCUGCAGCAGGAAAUGGAGUAUGGUCGGCGCAGGCCAGCUCCAGGAUAGGCUGGGAAAUUCCCAGCCUGAGAACCUUCCUCACAAGGAAGCCCAAGGGGCACUUGGCUUCAUCUCCCAACCUUUUUUCCUAACAACCUCAAAUAGAAAGAGAAAAUUCCUCUUUCCUCUCCAAAGCACAGCUAAGUUUCAGUUUCCAAUUAAAAAAAAAAAAAAACCCGAACCAAACGAAGCUGUUUAAGUUUCUGUUUCCAUUUCUGGCCGUCAGGAGAGAUGGCUGCUGAACUAAGGCAGCCCAGUAGAGGGAGUCUCGGCGGAUGCCUGGAGGACCCCCCAGCCCUCCCUGCAUGCAAAAGAGAAGACGAUAAACGUAGUGAUUCUUCCGCCGCAGGGUGGCUCACGCCUGUGAUCUCAGCACUUUGUGAGGCCGAGGCGGGCGGAUCACCUGAGGUCAGGAGUUCAAGACCAGCCUGGCCAAAAUGGUGAAACCCCUGUCUGAACUAAAAACACCAAAAAUUAGCCAGGCAUGGUGGCAGGUGCCUGUAAUCCCAGCUACGUGGGAGGCUGAGGUGGGAAAAUCGCUUGAACCCGGGGAGCGAAGGUUGCAAUGCCACACUGCACUCAAGCCUGGGUGAGAGAGCAAAACUCUGUAUCAGAAAAAAAAAAAAAAAGGCCGGGCGCAGUAGGUCACGCCUGUAAUUCCAGCACUUUGGGAGGCCGAGGCCAGUGGAUCACCUUAGGUCGGGAAUUUGAGACCAGCCUGACCAACAUGGAGAAACCCUGUUUCUACUAAAAAUACAAAAUUAGCCGGGCGUGGCGGUGCACGCCUGUAAUCCCAGCUGCUCAGGAGGCUGAGGCAGGAGAAUCGCUUGAACCUGGGAGGAGGAGGUUGCAGUGAGCCGAGAUUCCGCCAUUGCACUCUAGCCCGGGCAACAAAAGCGAAACUCCAUCUCAAGAAGAAAACAAAAAGCUAAAUCUCUCUCUAACUCACCCCAUCUGCAGUUCUGAGGCCUGCUGGACAAAGACUGGGAGCUGCCACUUAUCCCAGCUGGACAGAGGCAGAGACGAUUCAUUCCUGGUCCUACAGAGAUGGCAGGCUUCCAGGACCGGUAUGACAACCCAGGGGACAGGCUGGGUGCCUUCGUAAAACACAGCCUCCAGCCCCAGGGGCACUAGAAAGAUGGAGCGAAGGAUGCCGGGCACAGAAUCGAGCAGUUCUUGAGGACUCAGUGCUGUGCUGAGCUGAUUCUGCACCAAGAAGUCAGGGUGCUGAAGGUGGCUAAGAGGCUUCAAAGUCCCAAAAUAUGCCAUCAACAAGCUGGAGAUCCAGAGGAGCCAGAGGUUUAAGUCUCAGAGUCCAAAGACCCAAGAACCUGGAGUUCUGAUGUCUGAGGGGUCAUUCAUCCUACGGAGCACUGGAGGGCAGCUGAGGAGGAGCCGCCUUAACAAAGGGGUUGUGUGCCAGGGAGCUGGGUAGGUGUCUGGCUAUAUAUCUGCCCAGCAGUGGUACUCUGGGUACAGAGAUGGCACUGACACAGGAGCUGUAUGCCACACCAGCCUCCAGGCUGGACUCCUUCGUGGCUCAGUGGCUGCAGCCCCACCGGGAGUGGAAGGAAGAGGUGCUGGACGCUGUGCGGACCGUGGAGCAGUUUCUGAGGCAGGAGAAUUUCCAGGGGGAGCAUGAGCUGGACCGGGAUGUGCAGGUGCUGAAGGUGAUCAAGGUGGGCUCCUUCGGGAAUGGCACGAUUCUCAGGAGCAGAAGAGAGGUGGAGCUGGUGGCGUUUCUGAGCUGUUUCCACAGCUUCCAGGAGGCAGCCACACACCACCAAGCUGUUCUGAGGCUAUUACUGAAAACCAUGUGGCAAUCCCAGGACCUGCUGGCUCUCGGGCUCGAGGACCUGCGGGUGGAGCAGAGAGUCCCUGAUGCUCUCGUCUUCACCAUCCAGGCCUGGCAGGCUGCGGAGCCCAUCACUGUCACCAUCGUGCCUGCCUACAGAGCCCUGGGGCCUUCUGUUCCCAACACCCAGCCACCCGCUGAGGUCUAUGUGAGCCUGAUCAACGCCUGCGGUGUUCCUGGAAAUUUCUCCCCGUCCUUCAGCGAACUGCAGCGAAACUUCGUGAAACAUCGACCAACUAAGCUAAAGAGCCUCCUGCGCCUGGUGAAGCACUGGUACCAGCAGUAUGUGAAAGCCAGGUCGCCCAGGGCCAAUCUACCCCCUCUCUAUGCUCUUGAACUACUAACCAUCUACGCCUGGGAAAUGGGUACUGAGGAAAACGAGAAUUUCAUGUUGGAUGAAGGCUUCACCACGGUGAUGGACCUGCUCCUGGAGUAUGAAGUCAUCUGCAUCUACUGGACCAAGUACUACACACUCCAGAAUCCAGUCAUCGAGGACUUUGUCAGAAAACAGCUCAAAAAAGAGAGGCCCGUCAUCCUGGAUCCCGCUGACCCCACCCACAAUGUAGCAGAAGGGUACAGAUGGGACAUCGUCGCUCAGAGGGCCUCCCAGUGCCUGAAACAGGACUGCUGCUAUGAUGACAGGGAGAACCCCGUCCCCAGCUGGAACGUGAAGAGGGCACGAGACGUCCAUGUGACAGUGGAGCAGAGGGGUUACCCCAAUUUCAAGCUCAUCGUGAACCCAUAUGAGCCCAUAAAGAAGAUUAAAGAGAAAAUCCGGAGGAGCAGGGGUUACUCUGGCCUGCAGCGUCUGUCCUUCCAGGUUCCUGGCGAUGAGAGGCAGCUUCUCAGCAGCAGAUCCUCCUUAGCCAAAUACGGAAUCUUCUCCCACACUCACAUCUAUCUGCUGGAGGCCAUCCCCCCGGAAAUCCAGGUCUUCGUGAAGAAUCCUGAUGGUGAGAGCUACGCCUAUGCCAUCGACCCCAAUAGCUUCGUCCUGGGUCUGAAGGAGCAGAUUGAAGACCAGCAGGGGCUGCCUAAAAAGCAGCAGCAGCUGGAAUUCCAAGGCCAAGUCCUGCAGGACUGGUUGAGUCUGAGGGGCUAUGGCGUCCAAGACAGUGACACCCUCAUCCUCUCUGAGAAGAAAGGGGGAAAGGCUCUGUUUCCAGCCAGCUAGUCUCCUCUGGGAAACUUCUCUGUACAUUUCUGCCACCUACUCCAGAACUCAUUCUAUGAACCACUCUGUCCCAUUGUUGGCUGGGAAGGUCCCAGGUCUUCACCAGCUUUAUGACGAGUUAUCCCAAGCCAGAUGUGGUAGCUCACACCUGUAAUCCCAGUACUUUAGGAGGCUGAGGUAUCAGAGGAAGACCCCAUCUCCACAAAAUAAAAAAUAAGCAGUUGUUGGUGGUGUGUGCUUGUAGUCUCAGGUACUCGAGAGGCUGAGGCAGAAGGAUGGCUUGAGCCCGGGAGGUUGCAGCUGCAGUGAGCUAUGAUCACACCACUACACUCCUGCCCAGGCAACAGAGUGAGACCCUGUGUCUAAAAAAUAAAAAUAAGUAAAUUUGUUUAAAAAAAUAAUUAUCCCAGCCCUGCCAGGAGGAGGAUGAGAGACUGAAUAUACAGAUGGACGGUGGCCACACCACGUACGACAACAGAAUUCUGACCCACAGUCAAUCAACCCCAAACCAUCAGGACUUGGUCAAUAACUGCUCGCUUCUCUAAUUCCCCGCCCCACUCCCAUUCUGCUUCCAAUUUAAGACCAACCAAGAAAGCCAAAUAAGCUCAGCAGACCAAUCACAUGGUUAGCCCUACUUCUAGCCAGUGUGCUUACAGCUUCUCUACACCAACAGCCUCAGGGCAUCUCUGAAGCCUUCCCGUUUUCCUGCCUCUAUUUAAAUCUCUGUAAGGCAAGAGAUGGUGGCUGGUUCCUAUCUGCUGGAGACCAUCCCCCUGCCAGAUCCAGGUCUUCGUGAAGGAUCCCGAUGGUGAGAGCCACGCCUAUGCCAUCGACCCCAACAGCUUCAUCCUGGGUCUCCAGGAUGAAUUCCCAAUCAGAAACUGGGAACGAACAGCCUUUGUUAGUUCUCAUUUGGGUGCUCCUUAUUUUCACAGGGCCUAAUGCUGUCCUAAUGGUUAUUGCUUGAUCAUUUGAGCUUCUCAACUCCAAGAAAUGAGGACUGGGAAAACUGAGACAAAAGGAGACAAAGAAUAGGAAACCGAGGAUGAUGCAAUGUAAAAAAAUCGCCUCAACUCCUAAAACCCAUACACAAACAGUACAUAAUAGUCGGGAGACUGUAGGAAAAUAACAGCGGCCGGGCGCGGUGGCUCAAGCCUGUAAUCCCAGCACUUUGGGAGGCUGAGGCGGGUGGAUCACGAGGUCAAGAGAUCGAGACCAUCCUGGUCAACAUGGUGAAACCCCGUCUCUACUAAAAAUACAAAAAUUAGCUGGGCAUGGUGGCGCGUGCCUGUAAUCCCAGCUACUCGGGAGGCUGAGGCAGGAGAAUUGCCUGAACCCAGGAGGCAGAGGUUGCGGUGAGCCGAGAUCGCACCAUUGCACUCCAGCCUGGGUAACGAGCGAAACUCCGUCUCAAAAAAAAAAGAAAAAAAGAACAGCAUCUUUAUUAUCAAAGGACAUCAUGUGAUCGGGUUUACUCCAAGCAAUAGUUUCCUUUUGCCCUCCCAUUUUGUCCAGCUUUCUACUGGGCUACUCACCUUCCAUAGCAUAGAAAAUGCACAUUGCAAUUGGUUCACAACAGCCUCUGGUCAAUUCGGCAAUCAUAAUCAGUAUAUUUCCCACUUCUGUUUGCCUUCAGGGACAGAAAGAGUGCCUCCUUUCCAGAAGGCUGGUCCAGUCCCCAUCUUUGUGUCCUUCAUAAUGCCCAGCACAGCCCACAUUGCAGGCGGUGAGAAAAUUCUUGUUUAAAAAAAAGAAUGGCCAGGCAUGGUGGCAAAUGCCUGUAAUCCCAGCACUUUGAGAGGCCGAGGCAGACGGAUCACGAGGUCAAGAGAUCGAGACUAUCCUGGCCAACCUGGUGAAACCCCGUCUCUACUAAAAUACAAAAAAUUAGCCAGGCAUGGUGUUGUGUGCCUGCAGUCCCAGCUACUCAGGAGACUAAGGCAGGAGAAUUGCUUGAAACUGGAAAAUGGAAAUUGCAGUGAGUUGGGAUUGCACCACUGCACUCCAGCCUGGCAAUAGAGUGAGACUCAGUCUCAAAAAAAAAAAAAAAAGAAAAGAAUGAAAAAGUGAAUGUCUUAGUCCAUUUGGGCUGCUAUAACAAGAUACCAUACACUGGAUGGCUCAUAACAAUAACCAUUUAUUUCCCACUGCUCUGGAGGCUGGGAAGUCCAAGUCAAGACACUGGCAGUUUUGGUGUCUGGUAAGGCCUCUUUCUGAUUCAAACAUAGCAGCUUCCCACUGAGUCUUCACAUGGUGGAAGGGGUAAAGGUGUCUCUGGGGUCUCUUUUAUGAGGGCAUUAAUCCAGUUCAUGAGGGCUCAGGCCCCAUUACCUAAUUACUUCCCCAAAGUCCCACUUCCUAAUACCAUCACCUUGGGAGUGAGGACUUUUUGGAAAUUAUCAUUAUCUAAAUGGAGUCACUUAUGUCAAACUCUAACAAAGGAGAGCUGGGAGGCCAUGAAGAAGGGGCGCUCACACACAUAUGCCUGUCACAGAAAUUAUCUCAAGAAAUUCCUCAAAACCACAGUAUUACAGAUAAGCCCCUUGUAUAAGGAUAUUUGUCUAACAGUGGGUGUCUCCACAAUAAGCUAACACCAACUCCUGCAACAGGCUCCUGUAAUCAACAGUACUUGUUUCAAAGAAGUUUAUGUGGAUUUCUCCUUACCCCAACCUUUUUUUUUUUUUUUUUUUUUUUGAGACAGAGUCUCACUCUGUUGCCAGACUGGAGUGCAGCAGCUCAAUCUAAGCUCACUGCAGCCUCCACCUCCUGGGUUCAGGCGAUUCUCCUGCCUCAGCCUCUGGAGUAGCUGGGAUUACAGGCACAUGCCACCACACCCAGCUAAUUUUUGUAUUUUUAUUAGAGAUGGAGUUUCACCAUGUUUGCCAGGAUGGUCUCGAUCCACCCACUUCCGCCUCCCAAAAUGCUGGGAUUGCAGGCGGGAGCCGUCCUGCUCGUCCCCUCCAACCUCUUUUAAUGUGCCUAUAGCCCACUAUAACAUUCAUAUCUCAAAUUGCAAUUUCUUGCAAUUCUUGAAUAAACACUUUCUUUUGGAGCAUCA